CAGUGGUGGGACAGUGCCUUCCGAACCUCCUGUACCCCUCCGCAGGUCACCAUAGGGACAGUUACCACAAGAGUCAGUCUUGGCCUAAAUACAAGAUGUGUUUGGCAGCACUGAGAAGCUGUAAUGGAGCUUUUCUGCACAAAGGAAGAAUCUAUGCUGCAAGCAAGAUAUUUUUACUUCAGCCAAGGAAUGGCCAAGGGAAAUAUACAGAACCGCCUGCCAAAUGUUUUUGGAGAUCAAAAUCAAGGAACAGUUUUCCUACGUGAAUUUACGUUGAUUCGGAGAGAAAGUCUUCAUGACGAUUUCCUAUCUGAUUUGCUGAAUAACCACAAAACAGAAGAUGCGAGCUCCAGAACAGCUCGCUCGGAGGAAGAUCGAGGCUUACUGUGGGAUGCCUGGGGCUCAUGGAGUGAAUGUUCACGCACUUGUGGAGGAGGGGCUUCAUAUUCACUGAGACGCUGCCUGAGCAGCAAGACCUGUGAAGGACGAAACAUCCGGUACAGGACAUGCAGCAAUGUGGAUUGUCCACCAGAAGCAGGUGAUUUCCGCGCUCAGCAGUGCUCUGCUCACAACGACGUCAAAUAUCAGGGACAGUUUUAUGAGUGGCUUCCUGUCUCUAAUGACCCUGACAACCCAUGCUCACUGAAGUGCCAGGCCAGAGGAAUGGCUCUGGUUGUGGAGCUGGCACCAAAGGUUCUGGAUGGGACCCGGUGCUACACUGAAUCCCUGGACAUGUGCAUCAGUGGCUUGUGCCAAAUCGUUGGCUGUGACCACCAGCUGGGAAGCACUGUCAAGGAAGAUAAUUGUGGGGUCUGCAAUGGAGAUGGGUCCACCUGCCGGCUGGUUCGAGGCCAGUAUAAGUCCCAACUCUCAGCAAAUAAACUAGAUGAUACAGUGGUUGCUAUUCCCUAUGGAAGCAGACAAGUUCGCCUCGUGCUGAAAGGACCCGAUCAUUUACAUUUGGAAACCAAGACUCUCCAAGGUUUGAAGAGUGAAAACAGCCUCAGCACCACAGGCUCCUUUCUUGUAGAAAAUUCUAGCAUUGACUUCCAGAAGUUUCCUGACAAGGAGAUCUUAAGAAUAUCUGGGCCUCUCACUGCAGACUUCACUAUCAAGAUUCGUUAUGCUGGUGCUGCUGACAGUUCAGUUCAGUUCAUCUUCUAUCAGCCUAUCAUUCACCGAUGGAGGGAAACUGAUUUUUUUCCUUGUUCGGCAUCCUGUGGAGGAGGUUAUCAACUGACAUCUGCUGAAUGUUUUGAUCUGAGAAGCAGACGGGUAGUGGCAGAUCAAUACUGCCACUAUUUUCCUGAAAAUGUCAAGCCAAAGCCAAAACUUCAAGAGUGUAAUCUGGAUCCUUGUCCUGCAAGUGAUGGAUACAAGCAGAUCAUGCCCUAUGACCUCUACCAUCCCCUUCCUCGAUGGGAAAGUACACCCUGGACUGCCUGUUCCUCAUCCUGUGGAGGAGGCAUUCAAAGCCGUAGCAUCUCAUGUGUGGAAGAAGACAUUCAGGGGCAUAUCAGCCCUGUGGAAGAAUGGAAAUGCAUGUAUACUCCAAAGAUGCCUGUUGUCCAGCCUUGCAAUAUAUUUGACUGCCCAAAGUGGCUUGCUCAGGAAUGGUCUCCGUGCACUGUGACCUGUGGACAAGGACUCAGAUACCGUGUAGUCCUUUGCCUUGAUCACAGAGGAAUGCAUACAGGAGGCUGUAGUCCUAAAACAAAGCCACACAUAAAAGAGGAAUGCGUUGUAUCCACUCCUUGCUACAAACCCAGAGAGAAACUUCCUGUGGAAGCAAAGUUGCCAUGGUAUAAGCAGGCUCAAGAGCUGGAGGAAGGAACAGCUGUAUCUGAAGAACCAUCGUUUAUUCCUGAGGCUUGGUCCACCUGUAGUGUCACCUGUGGAGUAGGCAGCCAGGUGCGGCUUGUGAAAUGUCAAGUGCUCCUCUCUUUCUCUCAGUCUGUGGCUGACUUGCCCAUCGAUGAAUGUGAAGGUCCCAAACCUGUGUCUCAGAGAGCCUGUUACAGUGGUCCCUGCAGUGGGGAGGCAACUGAGUACACCUCAGAGGAGACUGAGUUUCCGUAUGGCAGCUUGCAGGAGUUUGAUGAGCUCUAUGACUGGGAAUAUGAAGGCUUUACAGAGUGUUCAGAGUCCUGUGGAGGAGGUGUCCAGGAGGCUGUGGUGACCUGUCUGAACAAACAAACCAGGGAGACUGCAGAUGAGACACUGUGUGUAACCAGCCGCCGUCCUCCACAGCUGCUGAAAGCCUGUAGUGUGGACCCCUGCCCCCCAAGGUGGGAGAUUGGGAAAUGGAGCACCUGCAGUCUUACCUGUGGGGUUGGUUUACAGACACGAGAUGUCUUCUGUUCUCAUCUCCUAUCAAGAGAGACUAAUGAGACUGUGAUUUUGGCAGAUGAACUGUGCUCUAAACCUAAGCCAUCCCUUGUGCAAGGCUGUAAUCGCUUUGACUGCCCGCCCUCCUGGUAUCCUACAGAAUGGCAAGAGUGUUCACAGACAUGCGGCGGUGGUGUCCAGAAGCGAGAUACACUUUGUAAGCAGCGCCUGGCAGAUGGGAGCUUAUUAAUGCUGCCAGAAACCUUCUGCUCCAUGCCAAGGACAGUUACCCAACAAGCCUGCAAAAAUGAGGAUUGUCCCAAUGAGUGGCUGCUCUCUGACUGGACACAGUGUUCAGUGAGCUGUGGAGGAGGCACACAGAGUCGAAAUGCCAUUUGCAGAAAGACACUGAAAUCCGGGGGAUUUGUUAUCAUCAAUUCCUCACUCUGCCUGCCUUUACCAUUGUCAUCCUUGAUCAGGCCCUGUGCACUAGGCCCCUGUGCAAGGCACAACAGGCCAGCUCAUAAUCAAAGCCCCCAUAUUAUGGCUGUAAAGAAAGUUUACAUCCAGACAAGGAAGCAGAAGAAACUACACUUUAUUGUGGGUGGAUAUGCCUACCUGCUGCCCAAAACUUCUGUUGUUCUCCGAUGCCCUGUAAGGAGGUUCAGAAAAUCAAUGAUCACUUGGGAGAAGGAUGACAAGAGGCUCAUCAGCUCAGCUCACAUCACCAUUGCACCCUAUGGGUAUAUGAAAAUCCGUCACUUGAAGCCUUCAGACUCUGGGACAUACACCUGCACAGCAGGGCCAGCCCGGGAGAAUUUCAUAAUUAAACUAAUUGGAAGCAACAAGAAGAUAAUUGCUGGGCAGCCAACUGGUAUUAGGGAGGAAGAGGCCAUGAGAAAGGCCAGUUUAAAUGAAGCCUUGAGAACAGAGGAGAAAUAUCUCAAUGGGAUUUUCUUCAAUAGUAGCAAUGCUGAAAAGCAAGGGCACCUUGCUAACACCAGCGGAUGGUAUGACAAUAUUGUCUCAAGGCUGCUACAGCACAGGGGCUGGCCAGGGGAAAAUCUGGAGUCCUGGGAAGCCCAGGAGUCCAUGGAGAGAAAUGCAUCCUCAGAAGAGGACCAUAGCCGGGACCAUAGCCUGCCAUUUACUAUGAUUACAGAGCAGAAACGCUUGGAUGAUAUCAUAAGGAAUUUGUCUCAACAGCCAGAGGAGCUUAAAGAUAUGUACACUGAGCAGCUUGUUGUGCAGCUGGCUCACGAGGUUUUCAAGAGCCACUUGGAGCACCAGGAAUUUGUCCUCAAAGCAUCAAGGCAAAAAGUUGAUUCAGUCUCAGUGGAGUACCCUUUCCACAGACAAGUUUCUGGAUUUACCAGUUCCCUGAGGACAUCAUCUGCUGAAAUGUUUCUUCCUACUUCUGUAGACCUGACUAAUGGCUUGCACAGACCUCAUCAAAAGCCUGCCAUUCUCCGGAAGAUUUCAGCAGCACAACAGCUUUCUGCUUCAGAGGUUGUUACCCACCUGGGACAGACGGUUGUUCUAGCAAGUGGCACACUCAGCGUGCUGCUUCACUGUGAAGCAGUGGGAAAUCCAAAGCCCACCAUCAGCUGGGCUAAGAACGGAGAGGAGGUGAAAUACAAUGAUAGGAUACUCCUUCAGCCUGAUGACUCCUUGCAGAUUCUAGCACCUGUGGAAGCUGAUGUGGGUUUCUAUGCUUGCAAUGCAUCCAAUGCCUUGGGAUCUGACUCUGUCUCCAUUGCUGUUACUCUAGCAGGAAAGCCACUGAUAAAGGCAUCAAGAGCUACUGUGAUCAACACUGAAUUACCUGCUGUCACUGUUGAUAUUGGAAGCAUGGUGAAAACAAUCCAGAAAGCAAAUGUUACCAUUAACUGCCACGUUGCAGGUGUACCUGAAGCAAAAGUUACUUGGUUUAAGAACAAGGUCAAGCUGUUCUCUGCUCACCACCUGCAUGAUGGGUUGCUGAUAAUUGCAAAUGUUUCUCUGUCAGACCAGGGGUUAUACUCCUGCAAGGCAGCCAAUCUUCAUGGGGAGGUAACUGAAAGCUCCCAGCUGUUGGUUCUUGAGCCUCCACGACCUCUUCCUUAUCUAGAAGACUUGACAGCAGUGCUUUCCAGUGCUGGGCCUAGCACUCAUUUGGUGCUGACCUCUCCUUCAGGAACAAAACUGACUGUCAGUCCAGGGAGCUCUGCUCUCAUAGGUUGUGCUGUUGAUGGUCAUCCAACCCCAAAUAUCACCUGGCUUUACUCUAGUGAACCUCUCCGUCUGCGACAUCAUCUCCUGGCAGCAGGCCGGAUUCUUCAGAUACUCAAUGUCAGUGAUUUCACUGAUGGUGAAUUCAGCUGCCUUGCUCAAAAUGAGGCUGGCUCACUCACACAAAAAAUGUCCCUGGCUAUACAAGAAUACCAGUGGUCAGUGGACAAACUGACAGCUUGUUCGGCUUCCUGUGGCCACAAAGGGGUGCAGCUGCCCCAGUUGAGGUGCUUGCUGGAUGGGGCUGAAGUCAACACAUCGUACUGCAGAGAGACACCCAAGCCACCUCUGCAGCCCAUUGCAUGCAACAGAAGAGACUGCCCUUCACGAUGGAUGGUGACAUCAUGGUCUCUUUGCACGCGGAGCUGUGGUGGAGGCAUCCAAAUGCGGCGAGUGACCUGUCAGCGCCUGACAGCAAAAGGCAGCUCUGUCCCAAUGUCAAAUGAGGCCUGUGCCCAGGUGUCCAAGCGCCCUGUGGACACACAGAACUGUAACAGGAAGCCCUGUGCUGAGUGGGUAGCCUCCUCCUGGAGCCAGUGUAAUGGGCCUUGCAUUGGACCACGACUGGCUGUACAGCACAGACAGAUAUUUUGCCAGACCAAAGAUGGGACUUCUGUGUCAUCUGAUCAAUGCAGUGCCUUACCAAGGCCGUUGAACACACAGAACUGCUGGACUGACGUCUGUGGUGUGCACUGGAGGGUCAGCCUGUGGACCGUCUGCACGGCUACGUGUGGAAACUACGGCUUCCAGUCCCGGCGUGUCGACUGUGUGCACAUCCGCACCAACAAGCCUGUGAUGGAGCAUCACUGCUCCUGGAGGCCAAGGCCAUCGAACUGGCAGCGCUGCAACAUCACACCCUGUGAAAAUGUGGAGUGCAGAGACACUACAAGGUACUGUGAGAAAGUGAAGCAGCUCAAACUCUGCCAGCUCACCCAGUUUAAGUCACGUUGCUGUGGGACUUGUGGAAAAUCUUGAAGACAGACAAAAUGAAAAUGGAGGAACAAGGGGAUCACAGCUUUGCUUCACUGAGGCAAGGGCUUUUGCAGAAAAUACAAAUGGAAUGGAAAUAUCUUUUUCAUUUUAUUUAUUUCCCUUAAAAAAAAAAAAAGAACACCUUUUACCAAAUCAUUGUUGUAAAGGGUCUUGAAAAGUUUUCCCUUUUAUGAAUGUGGGAGACAGAAUGCAGCAAAACAUGGUCAUGAAGGUAGACCAUAAAGAGUCAGAGAGACCAGUGCCACCAGAAAUGGGUGUGAGAGGAGUGGAGCUUCCCCAUAAUCCAUGUACAUGCCUGAGGGAUACACCAAGAGACAGGCGAGGAAGAGGACGAGAGUGAAAACCUAGCAUCACAUUACAGAAUCACAGAAUCACAAAGGUUAGUUGAAACCUUCAGGAUCACCUGGUCCAACCAUCAACCCAGCACCACCAUAAUCAUCCCUAAACCAUAUCCCCAAGUGCCACAUCCAGACACCUCUUGAACACUUACAGAGAUGGUGACUCCACGACCUCCCUGGGCAACUUAAUCCAAUGCCUAGCCACUCUUUCAGUGAUUUUUUUUUUCUUUCUAAUACCUAAUCUGAACCUCCCCUGGCACAACUUGAGGGCAUUUCCUCUCAUAUUUUCAUUUGGAACAUGACAGAAGACACCAAGUUCUACUGCACCAGAACCUUCU